GCAGCGGGGUUGGGCAGCCGGCGGCUGCCGCGGCGCCGGAGCGCCCUCCUGGGCCGGCGGCGGGGCCAUGGCGCGGAGCCUCGGGGGCUGGCUGGGCGGCUGCCUGCUGGCGUCAGCAUUGGGAAUUGUGCCUCCUCCUGAAAAUGUCAGAAUGAACUCAGUUAAUUUCAAGAACGUUCUACAGUGGAAGCCACCUGCUUUUCACAAAAGGAAUCUGACUUACACAGCGCAGUACCAAAGCUAUCGGGGAUUCCAAGAUACAUGCAAGAGUACAGCCCUGACGGAAUGUGACUUCUCAGGUCUUUCCAAAUAUGGUGACCACACCUUGCGAGUCAGGUCUGAAUUUGCGGAUGAGCACUCAGACUGGGUCAACAUCACCUUCUGUCCUGUGGAUGAGACCAUUAUUGGACCUCCUGGAAUACAAGUAGAAACACUUGCUGAUUCUGUACAUAUGCGUUUCUUAGCCCCCAAAAUUGAAAAUGAACCUGAAACAUGGACCAUGAAGAAUAUUUAUAACUCAUGGGCUUAUAAUGUGCAAUAUUGGAAAAAUGGCACUGAUGAAAAGUUUCAGAUUACUUCCCAGUAUGAUUUUGAAGUACUAAGAAAUCUGGAGCCGUGGACAACAUACUGCAUUCAAGUUCAAGGAUUUCUUCCUGAUAGGAACAAAACUGGGGAAUGGAGUGAGCCUGUCUGUGAGCAAACAACCAAUGAUGAAACGACCCCCUCCUGGAUUGUCGCUGUGGUCCUCAUAGCCUCAGUGUUCGUGGUCUUCCUGCUGCUCCUUGGCUGCUUCGCCUUGAUGUGGUGCAUUUAUAAGAAGACGAAGUACGCCUUCUCACCUGGGAAUUCUCUACCACAGCACCUGAAAGAGUUUUUGGGCCACCCCCAUCACAGCACGCUGCUGUUUUUCUCCUUCCCACCCUCCGACGAGAAUGACGUUUUUGACAAACUGAGUGUCAUUACAGAAGACUUUGAGAGCAGCCAGCAGAGUCACAGCGACGACCGCAGCCUUGGGCUCCCACCUCAGCAGGGACCCCCAGAGCUGAUCCUGGAGGGGGAAACACCCUGCCCUGGGCAAAGGGACCCCCCAGUCCUCACAUCUGCCUUGGAGGAUGAGCAGAACAUCACCCAAGGGCCGAUACCAACUGCGCAAACCCCAAAUUGACAGCCCUCAGACUCUGGACUCAUCUGAACAACCCAAAGAGCUUUAUUUUUUAAUAAGGCUCAUUUUGCAAAUAUACUCCAUCUUGGGAACGCGCUGCUUUAUAAAGACUUUAGCUACUAUAGAAAGUAGUUGGCCUUUGAGGGUAUAAUUUUCAGUCACUUCUCUUAUGCUUACUUGAAUGAGGGGCAAGAGAAACAGAAAUAUAACAAGGAAUAGAGACUAAGACGGUGCAAAAUCCUUUCAGACUUCUGAGAGACAGAUCGGAAAAACCAUCUCAACUCCAAAGCAGUCAGCACGCCGUAGAGACACAAACUGUUUUGAUUCUCAGGGAUGCUUUUACUGGAUUUAUUUUUCUACCUGUCUAUGUUUUGUAUUACUUCCAGUGCUCUAUUAAUUUUUACUGUCUAACCUGUACGUGUUAAUGAUAACUAAAUUUGUAUAACUGUCAGAUAUUUAAUAAGGCUCCAGUUUGCCUUUUUUGUUGUCCACUCACUGAAUAGGUAUUUCUUAAUCCCUGCCCCUGUUGACCAGGCACUGUCCUAGGUGCAGGGUCCUAAAAUCUUCUGGGAGCAACUCAGUCUAGGCAACUCCCAAGAACAGAAAAGCCCUGGGCUUUCAGUUCCAACUCGGACACUUACCAGCUUAAGACCUCUUGGUUUUCUCAUCUGUAAAUGACGAUGUUAAGGCCUGAGGAUUAGCAAGACUACCAAAAAAAUGCUUGCCAUAGUGCCAGCACUUAGUUGGCUAACACAGGCAGCUCUUCUUACCAGCAGCCCCAUCUCAUGGUUGUGACUUAACUCCACAAUCUUAGGUCAGCAAGAAAUGUCCGUUCCUCUUCGCCUGAUUGCCCAAUAAAGCAGAUUUGCCCAAUAAAGCAGAUUCAUCGAAGUUUAACGUUUUUGAAAUGAAUCACCAUGUGGUUUUGGGAGGAGAUCAGAAGUCUGAUGGACUUUUUUAUAUUCAAUUUACCAUUACAGAUUUUUAAAUCAUUUUCCAGUAACAUACUGGAAGGGAGUGAUCAGCAUAUUUUAGCUCUUUGUGCCUCUAAAGGUCUCACUCUGGUCCAGGGCUCGUCCUAUAAGACGAGAAAAAUUAGUCUAUUCCCCAGAUAAGCUUUUCCUCCCUGAAUGUGGGGUUAACAGAAGGGCUGUCUUAAGUUCUACACUCCAUGGAUGCAUCUGGUUUGGGAGAGAAGAAAAAGAGAUAGCCCAUUAUGAAUCCUGUCCCAACAGUGGGCAUUUGACGCUCCUGUUGCCUGCUUGCAUCUGAAUCUCCUCCAUAUGUUUGAGGAAUCUCCUCCCUCCCAAGUGAGAGCUCCUCUCCCACUUGAUUUUUUUUUUUUCUUCUCUCACUUUAGAGGCUCAAAAUCCACAUCAUUAUUUUCCCAGCCUCCUUGCUGCUAAGAUAUAGGCACACAACCCACACCCCUACCCCAGGCUUUGAUCAGAAGACAGAUGGGCAUCAGCAAAGGUGGGGGCUCCUGCGGAAGUGUCCGAUGGCAAGUGGACAUCUCCCAGGCUGGGUCUGAUUUGGACAUUGUUCCCGUCUGUGUUUCCCCAAGGCUGGUUCUCUGACCCUUUUGGAGAUUCUGUGAGUUCCCCCAAUACCUCUUUAAUAAACGUCUUUUCUAUUUCAAUCA